AUGAACAUGAACUAAACAAUUGAUUGUUUUGGGUAGAAUAUAUUUUUUCGAUAAAUAGAGCAGACAAUUUAAUAAUACAUGAAAGACCACUAACAAUAAGUUACAUUGAUGAAAAUAGUCCCUAAAAAUUUUGUAAUCUCUCAUAAUUACUUGCAUCUCAAAAUACCAAAAGAAUUUAAAAGAAAUCCAGAAGAUCAUUAUAUUAAGUUAACUUAAAAGAUUAUCAUUAUUAAACCUAUAUUCCAACUCGAUCUCCACCCAGCUUAUAACUAUAAUUAUAAAAUUACUAAUACAAUACAUCGAAAUCAACGAACUCUAGAAAAAAUAAAUUUACUAAAUAAAAGGAAGCUAAAUGUAAGACUCUUCCUUUAAAUGAUUUCAAUUAUGAUGAAAUUUAGAAAAGAAUUGAAUUGAAAAAAAUGAUGCUUGAAAAAAUGUAUCUCAUCAAAGAUAAUUAAAAAACAUAAACAUUUAAAACAGAGAAAACAGAAGAAAUUGUCCACACUUAAAAAAUGAAAACAGAAUUAUCUGUUUAAUCUAACAAUAAAUAAAAGAAAAAUUAAGAAAUUUAGACAUAUAGACCUACUUAAACACGAAUAGGAUCAUCUUAUUAAAAUAAUAGAAAAAUGAAUACAUUUUAGGCUAUACCUUUAUCAUUAGGUUUAAGUAUUGAGAGAUGUAAAAUUGUAGAGAGAUUGACAUAAUCACCAUUUUAUAUUAGAACAAGUAAAAAGAAAAGCUAAAAAAAUUGUAGUGUUGUAGAUAAAGUUUAAAAGUUUAGUAUGCCAAAACCAAUAAUUGAAUAAUUUUGUUUAUAAAAGAAAUCAUCAAUACCUGUUUCAAAGUGGGAUCAUUCUGAUUUAGAAAAUGAUUGA